CCUCCCCCGAUCCGGAGCUUGCUGUCCUCUUUUUCGCGCCAAUCUUUCAUCCUUCUCUUCGGAUCUUGCUUCUUUUUAAGCUUCUUUUUCCACCCCCACCACCACUCACUUGACGGGUGCCAAUCACAUAGCGCAGGGCACAUCCUGGUCUCAUCACCCCCCUCAUCAUGUCUCUGAAGACUCUCUUGCCAUUGCUCGCGCUCACUGGCGCGGGCAUGGGUUGGCAGCACAAGACCGAAACCGAAGUCCGUGAUGCCCUCAAGGCGAACGAGCAUAGCCUAGUAGCGUUUAUCGAGCCCUCAACCGACGCCAGCACAGCCCUCGAAAAGCACUGGUCCGCCGUCGAAGAUGCCGUCCCGACCGCCCUCUCAGUAGAUUGCUCGACUUCGGCCUCGCUCUGCUCCGAACACGACGUCGCUUCCUACCCCGCCAUCCGCCUCUACCGCCAAGACGGCACGAAGCACCACUACCGCGGCCCCAGGAAGGCCUCUGAAAUCACCGCCUUCGUCCGCCGCAUGCUCCGCCCCGCCAUCGUCCCUCUCGACAGCAAGGCCGCGAAAUCCUUCAACAAGGACGACGACGUGGUGCUGAUAGCGCACAUGGCCGAGUCCGAGACCAGUCUGCGCGAGCGCUUUGCCGAGAUGGCCGGGCGCUACCGCGACCGCUACGCCUUUGGGCUGACGACGAUUGACGAGGCGCCCGGGCGGAUCGCGUGCUAUAACAACGCCGACGGGGCGUUCCACAUGACGUCCGAGCUGGACGAGGUCGACUCGAUGGAGAAGAUGCUGAAAAAGUGCGCGUCGCAGCUCGUGCCGCGGUUGACGAGGAGGAACGAGGCCGAGUAUUUGAGCUCCGGCAAGUCGUUGACCUACUUCUUCUCGACGGUCGAAGAGAACCUGGACUCUUGGACAUCGGCCGUGAAACCCAUGGCGAAGCAGUACCACGAGUACAUCACCUUCGUGACGGUCGACCUCGGCGAGUACCCCGAUAUGCCGUCGCUCUUUGGCCUGCCGGCGGAUGCUACCGAGGGCGUGGCGGUCUAUAAUCCGGCUGUGGGCUUGGCGUUCCCGUUCAAGGGUGGCAAGAUCACGGUAGACGCGGUCGCGCAGCACAUCGCCGAUAUCUCUGAAGGUAACGCCGAUGCCUGGCAGGUGGGUGAGCCGACUGCGGAUGAGGAGAUUGUGGAGCAGGUCAUGGAGGAGGUCCCAGUGAAGGGGGGAGACGGUUCCAAGGUGGUAGAGACCGAGGAGACCAAGGAGGCAACCAAGGAGACUGGAGAAGAGAAGCUUGAGAUCCACGACGAGCUCUAGGCAAGGAAUUUUAUUUUAGUUGUGCGCUGUUCACACUCAACGCUUGUUUCCUGGGUCCCGAUCACUGGACCGAUAGUGGGACAACAUCUAAGGCAUCGCUCGAAACAGGGUCGCUGCCCACCGUUGCUGAUCCGAAAAGAAAACAAAGAUACCAAAGCAAGCCGGCUUGUAGUCUUCAUGGAGCUGAUAUCUGCAUCCAAAACCCAAGGAUCGGGAUUCUCGACUUUGGCAGAAAAGCAGUUGCCUCGAAUUUACAGCAACAAGCUUGGCUGCGUAUGGAAGAAGGAAGCCAGA